GCCCGCAGCUGGUACCUACCGACUAGAGAGGCGCAGGCAGCGACGGGGAUCCAGAUUAGGGCGGGGCCAUGUCGGACCUGGGAUCGGAGGAGUUGGAGGAAGAGAGAGAGAAUGAUCUUGGGAGAGGAGGUACGGGGUGCAUGUCCAGUGAUGUGAGUUGGGCUCCGUGUGGGCAUAUUUGUGUUGCCCAGAGACCAACCUUCCUCGGCCAGAGGGCGACCAUUUCCUGGAUGACAGGAAUAUGAAGGGGAGCGGAACGAGCUGGGUGAACGGCACGGGCACGGGAAAGCGAGGCUGCCCAACGGGGACACAUAUGAAGGGAAAUACGAGCACGGGGACCUACAAGUUUAAAAAUGGUGCUCGGUACAUCGGAGAGUAUGUUAAAAAUAAAAAGCAUGGUCAAGGCACGUUUAUCUAUCCUGAUGGAUCAAGAUAUGAAGGGGAGUGGGCCAACGACCUGAGGCACGGCCACGGCGUGUACUACUACGUGAACAACGACACCUACACUGGAGAGUGGCUUGCUCACCAAAGGCACGGGCAGGGCACCUACUUGUACGCGGAGACGGGCAGCAAGUACGUGGGCACCUGGGUGAAGGGGCAGCAGGAGGGCGCGGCCGAGCUUAUUCACCUGAACCACAGGUACCUGGGCAAGUUCCUGAACAAAAACCCUGUUGGCCCUGGAAAGUAUGUGUUUGAUAUUGGAUGUGAGCAGCAUGGGGAGUAUCGCCUAACAGACGUGGAGAGAGGAGAGGAGGAGGAGGAGGAGGAGGCACAGGUGACGGUCGUUCCCAGAUGGAAAGCCACCAAGAUCACAGAGCUGGCCCUGUGGACCCCGACCCUCCCUGAGAAGCAGCCCCCUGAGGACGGAGCCAGCCAGGAGGGGACCCCGGGAGCUGGGGCUGGGGGAGAGGCGGCCGAGGAGGCCCAGGCUCUGGCGGACCUUUCAGAGGGGGAAUUAGAUACCACGCGGCCUGGAGAGGAGGAGGGAGACGCCAGCAGAGCGGACAGAGCGGAGUCCCACGAGGACAACUUAGAGCAGGGAAAUGUCAGUUUUGAAGAGGAGGAUGGCAGGCAGUCAGAGAUGCUGGAUUAAGAGGAGGCAACCAAGACGGUGGGAGACGGAGUCAUCGAGAUGCUUCGGUUACCAGGGGAGUUAUUACCAUCCACCACGGAUCUUCCUUACUUAGUUGUUUGUGACAUGUUUUAUAAUUGCAAAUACAUUUCUUCAUUAGCCUUCGUUUAUGA